AUAAAACCCCAAAAGAAGAAAUUUUUCGCGGGAACUUGUGGUGGUGGAGGUGUCAGUGCGGAUCACAUCAGUAGCUCUUUUAGAGGGGUUGAUAAGCAGACUUUGGAUUUUCGGAUUAAACCAUGGACCAAAAGGAAAACAGUACAGCACAGCUCAACGGAACACACAGUGAAGGUUCGAUGAAGAAGAGGCAGGACUAUCUGGAGUGGCCUGAAUAUUUCAUGGCAGUUGCAUUCUUAUCAGCACAGAGGAGCAAAGACCCUAAUUCACAGGUUGGUGCCUGUAUCGUGAAUCAGGAGAAUAAGAUCGUGGGAAUUGGGUACAAUGGUAUGCCCAACGGUUGUGAUGAUGAUCUGUUGCCUUGGUCUCGCACCGCUGAUAACAAGCUGGACACGAAAUACCCCUAUGUGUGCCAUGCCGAGCUGAACGCCAUCAUGAAUAAGAACUCGGCCGAUGUUAAGGGCUGCACCAUGUAUGUGGCGCUUUUCCCCUGUAAUGAGUGCGCCAAACUCAUUAUUCAAGCAGGUAUAAAGGAUGUGAUCUAUUUGUCAGACAAAUACCAUGACAGUCCAGAAAUGACUGCCUCCAGACGGCUGCUUAACUUGGCGGGAAUCGCAUACAAGCAGUUCGAGCCAAAGCGAGGCAGGAUCGUCAUAGAUUUUGGUUCAAUCAACCACUCUGGAGUGAAUGGUAUCAAUGGUUUGGGUGGACCCCAGUCAACAUAGACAGAAGAACGGGGAGGAUGACACUAAUUAUCCAAAACACAGACAUGUUGUCUUUCUUAGCUAUGUGCUGGUGAUGGUCUAUGGGUUAAACAGUAGACUUCUAUAUAUACCAGUAGUGAACACUAUUGUUCUUUAUUAUUUUAAUGAUAUUCUUGAAACAUGCAGAACUUUUGUUUAGGUUUUACUUUUUUUUUUUUUUCAUUUUAAUGCAUAAAAUAAGUUUGUCUCAAAUGCAAUAAGUCAGUAAGUAUAUUGGGUGAUGUAAGUUUAGAUUCUUUUAGUGUUCACGUAUUUAUAAUAAGUGAAUAUUUUAUAUAUAUAUAUAUGCACGCACGCAUGCACACACAUAUAAUACACAAGAAAAUCAAGCUGGAUGCUGUAUUAAUGGUUUAUAUAAUGUAUUUUAUCUCAACUACACAGAUGGCAAUCGUAUAGAAAACAUGUACCCUUUAAAAAGGCCCUACAAUGCGGUACAGAAGUAUACAUUUGUUACCAAUAUGUACCGCUAAGGUCUGAAAUAAACUCUAGGUCAAAAGCUGUGCAUUUUAAAAGGGUACCAGUGACAGCUGGGGUACAUUUUCUCCAGAUAGUGUAGUUUUGUUGACCACUGAAUGUUUAUCUCAUACUGUAAGUUGCAGUUAAGUUAAACCUGUAUAUUUUGGCAGGCAAUGCUUUAUUGUUCAUGUGUCUGUAUUACAGUGUUCAAAAUUACCAAGUUAUCUUUAUUCUGCAAUGCAAUAGUUUUAUGAGGAUUUUAAUGAAAACCGUAUUAAAUGUUUAAUGGGAGAUGUUUGCAACUGUUUUGUAUAUAAUCGCUCUAACAAGAUCAUUGUCUCAAAAUGAAAAAUUGAAUAAAGAACAAACUUUAUCAUU